UCCAAACACUGGGCAAGUCAAAUCCGUAACGAGAGCUGCAAGUUAAUGGGACGACCUCAAUGAAAUAGCUCAACUGCAUUGCCGGCCACUGCGCCAGUCAAAUAUUAUUCGUUGUGGCCCCCAAAUAAAAUGCAAUUAUUGUCCAUCUAUCAAAUGGCCGAGUGUGUGUGCCCUGCCUGGUUUGUGGGCUUUUAAUUGGUUGGCCUGGUCCCGUCUGUUAACUAUUGGCACUGACUGUAUGGCCGGGCUCACUUGGCCAUGCAAAUGGAAAGUCUCGCAGUCAGAUUAUUGAGCAUACGGAAAGGAUAGGCUUCUGAAUUCAACUAAAAACAGUAGAUUGCUUGCGAAAUUCGAUUGAUGUGGAAAUUCCAUUUUUCCCUUCGAUGUAAAUUGAUUUUCGGAGCUGAUAAACAUUUUUAGUCGAACUCCAUUCGUGCGCUCCGAUUGCUUUUCCUUUCGGUCAAGAACCCUCAAUUAACAACUUUUAGGCAAAUGGACGAGUGGCGGAGAGGUGAGGGGUAACCCCAAUUAAAAACAACACAAGACAAAGAAGCGGAAGUGGAGGUAGCCGAAGAAAUUGAAAGUUUUGCCGCAUAACAAUUAAUUAAAUUUGUAUCCCUGCCUUCCUGCCUCUGUGUCGUUUGUGUUGUUUGUUGUGCAACACACACAAAAUAUUGAAUGUCAAACAAUGGCAGUUGUUUGCACUGAGUGGAAUAUUCCAACUGUAACUGAGUCCUGUAUAAUUAGAGCGGGACGGGCGGGGCGAACCCAGGUGAGUUGGAAGGACCUUGACUGAUGGGCGGAGUCGGUGGAGUGGGUGGUGUGGGUGUUGUGGCCGAGUGGGCGGCAGGAAGUGUAAGCGUAGACGUAAGCAUAAAAACAAUUAAAACUUUUGCCAAAGGCACAACUUGCUAACGCUGCACUGAAAUUAGUUUUAAGUUGUAAGUCUAAACUAAUACAUAUUUGUUGCAGAACCCACGGAAAGUUCCCCAGUGCACAAUGUGUACUUGUAAGUUAAAGAUAAAAAAUAUUGGCUAAUUGCAUCUUAAUAAGUAAAAGCUCUUAAACUAGCGUUUCUUUUUCGCAGUGCCCAAAUUAUGGCAACUAGUUCUUUCGAGUGCCUAUAAAAGCGGAGGCCAACAUUGCGUCUGACACUUGCCCAGAGCAGCUGACCACUCGAGUUGCGGCAAGAGCAUCGAUAGUAUCCACUUGAGUUCAUCCCAGGAAUGACUGACAGCGGGCAGCCUGCCAUUGCCGGCCACUUUUACCGGAUUCCCCGCAUCUCCGGCCUCAUUGUCGGCCUCUGGCCGCAAAGGAUCAGGGGCGGGGGCGGUCGUCCUUGGCACGCCCAUCUGCUCUUCGUGUUCGCUUUCGCCGUGGUGCUGGUGGGUGCGGUGGGCGAGGUGUCCUACGCCUGUGUCCACCUGGAUAACCUGGUGGUGGCGCUGGAGGCCUUCUGCCCCGGAACCACCAAGGCGGUCUGCGUUUUGAAGCUGUGGGUCUUCUUCCGCUCCAAUCGCCGGUGGGCGGAGCUGGUCCAGCGCCUGCGGGCCAUGUUGUGGCAAUCGCGGCGGCAGGAGGGCCAGAGGAUGCUGGUCGGACUGGCCACCACGGCCAACAGGCUGAGCCUGUUGCUCCUCAGCUCUGGCACGGCGACAAAUGCCGCCUUCAACUUGCAACCGCUGAUUAUGGGUCUCUACCGCUGGAUUGUGCAGCUGCCAGGUCAAGUCGAGCUGCCCUUUAAUAUCAUACUGCCCUCGUUUGCCGUGCAGCCAGGACUCUUUCCGCUCACCUACGUGCUCCUGACCGCUUCCGGUGCCUGCACCGUUUUCGCCUUCAGCUUCGUGGACGGAUUCUUCGUCUGCUCGUGCCUCUACAUCUGCGGCGCUUUCCGGCUGGUGCAGCAGGACAUUCGCAGGAUAUUUGCCGAUUUGCAUGGCGACUCAGUGGAUGUGUUCACCGAGGAGAUGAACGCGGAGGUGCGGCACAGACUGGCCCAAGUUGUCGAGCGGCACAAUGCGAUUAUCGAUUUCUGCACGGACCUAACACGCCAGUUCACCGUUAUCGUUUUAAUGCAUUUCCUGUCCGCCGCCUUCGUCCUUUGCUCGACCAUCCUGGACAUCAUGUUGAACACGUCGUCGCUGAGCGGCUUAACCUACAUCUGCUAUAUCAUCGCGGCCCUAACGCAGCUAUUCCUCUACUGCUUCGGAGGCAAUCACGUCAGCGAGAGUAGUGCGGCUGUGGCGGACGUGCUGUACGACAUUGAGUGGUACAAAUGCGAUGCGAGGACUAGGAAAGUGAUUUUAAUGAUAUUGCGCCGUUCGCAGCGGGCAAAAACAAUUGCGGUGCCGUUUUUUACGCCCUCACUGCCAGCAUUCGGAUCUAUACUCAGCACAGCCGGCUCAUAUAUCACGCUGCUGAAGACGUUCCUGUGAGCCCACGCGGCGUAUGAUUGAUAUGCCGGAUUGGGCGCUGUCCUUCGCUGUUUGUUUAAAUUAAGAGCUGCAACCGAACGGACCUCAAAUUGCCUGUGAAUAAAAGUGGACGGGUGGGCGGAGCAACAAGUGCCGCCUGUCCCGGCCGUAAUUGUUUCAUUUAAA